UUCACUUCACCUACUACUGUAUUUCAUGCCUUUUGUGUGUUCAUCCUCUCAAACCCGCUAAAUUCAAUUCACCAACCAAACAUCAUGGCCUCCAACAGCGCCUCAAUCUCUAUCCGCACCUAUAUCGCCUUCCUCCCGCACCCCCUCCCCCAAGACACCCCAAUCCCCUACACCCCCUCCCUCCACAUUACCAACCCCCUCAACAUCCCCUUACCCUCAGAGCCAACCUCUACCCUCGUUCUUACAACUCCCCGCUCCACCUAUCUCGACAUUCGCAUUCUCAAACCCCUCACACCCACCGACAACGAACCACUCCCAACCCGCGGCGGCCCAACCUACCGCCUCGACUGGGCCUUUGCCGGCACAUCUGCCAGCCGGCUGAUAUCUAGCCGCGAAUCUGACGGCGUCAAGCAUUCAACCUGGCACCAUUGGCUCGACAACCACUACCCCAUCGGAAGUCCUGAGAUCCCUCUUGAUGAAGGGGAUAUGUAUCCCGUAUCCCCAACUCUAACACUCGAAUUUGGAACCAUGUAUAACCUGCCCACGAACUCCCUCCAGAACUACGAGGAAAUGUGGAAGGAUUUACCGGUUUUGGCUACCUACCCCGAGACGGUGAAAUGGGCGAUGGUGAUGAAACUUGAUGAGCCGGCGUAUGGGGUGAGAGGGAUGGUUGUUCGGCUCGGGCAAUAUGUGCAAGGGAUGUUGAAGAGAGGGGAAGAGGUUACGGUUGAGCGGUGGGAGUUUGUAGAGACGAAAGAUGGGGAAGGGAAGGUGGUGGAUGGGGAGUGGACGAGAGUGGUGAGAUUGGGGGAUUUGAUGGUUCCAUGCGUAGCGGCAUUUGAGCCAGAGAAUGUGGAGUUGGGGACCUUGGUUACGUAUGAACAUUACGCGUGGGUUGUGGAUGAGUUGGAGAGUUGGAGGGCAGAAUAGGGGAGUAGGUACGGAAUGGCAUUGGAACUAGAUAUACCAUUCUAGAGGCCAGGAAACACCAGCUCUAGAGUGAUCACAGCAUAUGAAGCUACGAGGGACACCGGUUAUGAAAACUUCAUAUCAUUGGGGCGAAUGGCGGCUUGCAUUGUGCAUAACUAGAUAUCAUUGACACAUUGUCAUUGCUUGCAGAGACCUAUACAUUCCAUUGACGCCGUCCAUGCAUAAGUUCCCGUGGCCAAACCGUGACCAUCAUUUUAGUGCCUACCUCGACGUAUCU